AUGGAUAAAUCUCGUACCGUUCCGAAGCGCAUUCGCAAGAAACCGACCGGAAUACUGAAGCUGGACAGUGUGCGUCGGCGGGAAUCAUCCGGCAGUUCGCUGCUGCAACUCGGCACGGAUGAGCUAUCACCACCGUCAUCGUCCGUUUCACCGCAACUGUCCGUCACGUGGGCAUUCCCGCCCGUUGGCCACUCACCGGAUGAGGAACCUUCCGAGAGCCCGCCCGUGUGCAAUCUAACCGUGCAACAUCAACCGAAACCCAUUACCGUACCGCCUACGCGCGAUGCCACCGGAAACAGGCCGCCAGGAAGCGCGUUAACAUCGCAACCGCCAGCGAAAGCGCCCUCUUCCGGUCGGUUCGGGAACGGCAUGAAAUCACCGGACGCCAAAGCGGGUGCUGCCUUUUUUGCGGGCGACCCAACAACACCUGGUGCUCGAUGCGAUUCGGACGAUGAUGAUGAGGACUACUCGGCCAGUAUUAACGCGAUCAUCCAGCGGAAAGCAAGUGUUAAGAAAAAGCGCGGCGGUUACAAAGGAGCCCACCACAGGCGCACGUCGAGUCCUGGCGGGCAGAUGAUGGGUUUGGGUACCGAGCCCUGUGAAGGACGGCGCCGUUCGAGUGUCUACACGACCAGUUCCGGCGAGACCGGAAUCACGCUGCCAGGGGAUGAUCUGUCGAUGGGACGCGAUGAAUCGGCCGGACGGCAGGAUAAGCUGUUCGAUACGAUCCGGCUGCAUAAGGAGGUGUUGCAGACGGUCAAGCUGCAGCCGAUCAGCAUGAAGCGAAAGCUGCGGCUUGUGCAACAGGCGAAAAGCUACAUCACGAGGCACGAGGGAGCUCUGCAGGAGCAUUUUACAUCACGCACGGCACGUAGCUUGCUGGCGCAGUUUAACAUUUUUCUCACCACGAAAUGGCAGCAGCUGCUGCGGGAGCUCGCCAACUUGGCCACGUACCUAAUACCGUGGGAGUCCCGCAUCAAGGAGAUCGAAUCGCACUUUGGUUCCGUCGUCGCGUCCUAUUUCACGUUCCUGCGCUGGCUGUUUUGGGUGAACAUCGUCAUCUCGGUGCUGCUGGUCGUGUUCAUUAUGGUACCGGAGGAGAUUUACGUCGAUCGGGAGAAGGCAAAGUGCGACAUCCGGAAGACGAUGUCGAAGCAGGAGCUGAUGCUGACGCGAAACUUUAGCACGAUUUGGGAGUUCGAGGGUUACCUCAAGUAUUCGCCGUUGUUUUACGGGUACUACUCCACGUUUUCGGGUGCAAUAGCGUGGGGUUACAACCUUCCAUUGGCGUACUUUUUUACCGGGUUGGUGGUGUACAUUUACAGUUUCGUUGCGACGUUAAAGAAAAUGGCCGAAAACUCGCGAAUGUCGAAGCUAUCCUCGAAGGAUGACGAGUACGUCUUCUCGUGGAAGCUGUUCACCGGAUGGGACUACAUGAUUGGCCACAUGGAAACGGCACAGAAUCGAAUGGCGUCGAUCAUACUAGGCUUCAAAGAGGCGCUGCUCGAGGAAGCGGAAAAGAAAAAGGACACACGAAACUGGAAAAUCAUUCUCCUCAGGAUACUGGUGAACUUUCUCAUCCUGGGUUUGCUCGUCAUCUCCGCCUACGAAGUCAUACUGGUCGUGAAACGCUCGAUGGACAUCAAGGAGUCCGAUUCGUGGUGGAGACGCAACGAAAUCACCGUCGUCAUGUCUCUGAUCUCGUUCUUCUUUCCCAUGAUCUUCGAAGCCCUCGGCAUCAUCGAGUACUACCAUCCGCGGAAGCAGCUGCGCAUCCAGCUAGCCCGGAUUAUGGUGCUUAACAUGCUGAACCUUUACUCGCUCAUCUUCGCGCUGUUCGAUAAAAUCGCACACAUGACGGGAGAGCUGCGCCGAAUGAAACCCACCAACUUUACGUCCUCGGCGGGACAAUGUUUCCUUCCGGAGGCGGGCACAAAAUGGGACGUCUCUGGUGGAGGAGGUGUUGAAAGUUUGUCUUCGGAUCGUUCGUUUCUUUUGGAGAUGUUGGCAAAUUUUACCCGCGCUGGUGCGGGUUCAGAAACGCUGCUAGCUAAUGGGAGCAGUUGCUUUCGAAUGCCAAUCAACUGCACGAACGCUACGGGGUCUGUUACGUUGUUGACUACGCUGCUGUUGACGAACCUUUCGACAACGAUCGUACCAGAGCGAGAUAAUCCAACGACCGGUUUGAGCUCGAACGAUUAUGCGAUGUCGACUUGGACUAGCCCGACCACAAUUCGAGAGUACCGUUCGCCCUACGAUGGAUACGAGUAUAACGAAGAGGAUAUGGAUUAUUAUUUGGAGUAUAGAGCACGGUUGUUGCCCAACGACAAGCUAGAAGGAGUGCCGAUUAAUAAACGGGAAGCUGUGUUCGAUUCCGUCGUCCUCAACAACACUGCCGAUGAUGAUAACGUAUCUUCGAGUGUUCUUGAAACAACGCAAAGUUCCACCGAGUUGCCAGCUGUUAGUACGGAAUUUCAAACCAUGACGUAUACUGAGCUGCACAAGUACAUCACGGGAAGGUAUGAUGAUUUUCUCGCCUCUUAUUACUAUUCAUCCGAGUCGGACGAAGACGACGACAAUGAGGAGGAAGAGUACAAAGCGAAUCAGUUUCUAACGUCCGAGGAAGCACGGGGAAAUGUGCCAGCUGGAUCUACGGAACGUCAAGAACCUACUGCAGAAGGAUCAACAACAAGUGAGCUGUCAAGCACGUUGGUUAGCGAAGAAGUCACCACGGAAGAGUCACCAACAACGGCAGAAGAACCGUCGACGUGGAUGUCACAGGCAGAAGAAAUGUCUACGACACAUCAAUACGAUCAACGUCUCACGACACCAGUUUAUGACGAUGAUCCAACGACAAUUACUGACGUGAUCGAAGAGAACCUCUCUGAGAUGACUACAGAGACUCCGGAAGUUUGGACGGAAUCGACACAAACCGAUAGCAACGUUGAAGCAGCAGAGGAAACUUCAACAACUGCCACUUCAAACGUUUGCUAUCAUUGGGUUUGUUUGCCAGGGUCUUUGCAAGGAGCGGAUGGGCAGGAAAGCAAGUACCGGAAUGCUGACAUCCGUUCGCUGUGCUGGGAGACGAUGUUUGGCCAGGAACUAGCGAAGUUGACCGUUAUGGACUUGAUUGUGACGAUUGUGUCGACACUAAUUUUGGACUUCCUGCGAGCUCUUUUUGUGCGUUAUAUGAACAAUUGCUGGUGUUGGGAUUUGGAGAAGAAAUUCCCUAAGUACGGUGAUUUUAAAAUAGCCGAAAACAUCCUACACCUGGUCAACAACCAGGGCAUGGUGUGGAUGGGCAUGUUCUUCUCACCCGGCCUGGCCGUGCUCAACAUCGCGAAGCUGGUAAUCAUACUCUACCUGCGCUCCUGGACCGUGCUAACCUGCAACGUCCCACAUGAAGUCGUCUUUCGUGCCUCACGCUCCAACAACUUCUACUUUGCGUUACUCCUCACCAUGCUGUUCCUGUGUGUCCUCCCUGUCAGCUACGCCAUCGUGUUCCUUGAGCCAUCCUGGCAUUGUGGACCCUUCUCAAACUCCAACCGUAUCUAUCAUCUUCUCACGAACGCCACCGAGCGCAUCAUACCGGAGAUAAUCACCAAGUACAUCGUGUCACCGGCUGCCAUUAUCCCGCUGCUCGUGCUGCUCAUCCUGAUCAUCUACUACCUAAUUUCCCUCACCGGUUCGUUGCGCGAAGCGAACCAAGAUCUUAAGCUGCAACUGCGCAAAGAACGCACCGAAGAGCGGCGAAAAAUGUUCAAAAUUGCCUCCAGCACCCAGCAGCAAACUCCGGGCACGGGAAUCUCCGGUAUCAACGGGUUGUCCAGCUCGUGGCACAAAGUGCUUGACUCCACGCAGCUUCGACUGCAGUCUACCACGGAUAAUGCGACGGACUCAGAGAACUCGAGCUCCAAGCGCAAGGAGUUGCUGCAGCGCAUGAUGAAAAAGGCACUGCAGAAGGAACACGCCAGCUCGGCGGAUGUAGAACCUGUUGCUGGUGCUCAGAAGUUAUCCACGGAGCCCUCAUUUCCAGUAUCGCCACCGGUGAUUGGCACGAUAAAUGAAAAGCAACGUCCAGCUGUACACACCAAACCAGCCAAACUGAACGAGCACACCGAAGCCGACGUGUUUCGUUUCGAUCGGGAAUCUGUCGAGCAAAUGCACCGUCACGAUGCGGACAGGGAAACCGCAAGCAAGGAGGCUGGAAAUGAAGGCGACGAGGGUCGGAAAAAAUUCGAACGCGUACGCCCUUCCACGGCGGAACGAUUCCGCAUGGCGGCCAAGGCGGAACGGCGCAGGAUGCAAGGCAAAAUGACUGAGAAAAUGGCUGACAAGACGGCGGACUGGAUCGAGAAGAUUCCCGUCAUUACGAUCAGCAAAACUUCAAGUGACGAGUGCAUCAUCGAAUCGGACCUCGACGAUCCAAACGAUCGUCCAUCCGGUUCCGGCGCAGUACAAGCAAACGUGUCAGGAUCGAAUGUUCUCCAGACGGAUGGUUCGCUGUAG